UGUAAAGAAAAUCGUUAGCCAUGGAUGUAUUCAUGAAAGGGCUUUCCAAGGCUAAAGAGGGAGUUGUGGCAGCAGCAGAAAAAACCAAACAGGGUAUGGCAGAAGCAGCAGGAAAGACGAAAGAGGGAGUUCUCUAUGUAGGUUCCAGGACCAGGGAAGGAGUUGUUCAUGGUGUCACAACAAUGGCUGAGAAAACCAAAGAGCAAGUGUCUAAUGUCGGGGGAGCUGUGGUGACGGGAGUGACAGCAGUAGCACACAAGACAGUGGAAGGAGCAGGCAAUAUUGCUGCAGCCACUGGCUUAGUCAAGAAGGAUCAGAUGGCUAAACAGAAUGAAGAAGGGCUCUCGCAGGAAGGAAUGAUGGAUAGUACAGAUAUGCCAAUGGAUCCAGAUAAUGAAGCUUAUGAAAUGCCUCCUGAGGAAGAAUAUCAAGAUUAUGAACCUGAAGCAUGAAAAUAUGUUCCCUCUAUGUUCUGAAAUCUUCUAACAAAGACGUCCUGUCCUGUACAAGUGCUGAGUUCCAAUGUGCCCAGUUGUAAACUUUUUUUUACAGCUUUUACAGUGUAUUUUGAAGUCUUCCAUCAGCAAUGAUUGGAGUGUCUGAGACUGUGCCCAGGUUUCAUUUCAGUGAUUCCCUCCUACUGAAUUGAACAACUGGGUGUCAGAGUCAUUGAUGUGCUGUGGAUAUUGUGGCUUCAACUUUUAAAUGUACAAAAAAAAUAGAAAAAACCCACCUAAGUGUCUAUUGCUUAUUUAUAAAGCUGUACAUGUUUUUUUGAUUGUCAGUAACUUUGUAUUGUUUCUGAUACAAGGAUUUUAUUUGUUUUGUAUUAUUAUUCUGUGUUGGGGUUAACAUAUUGUGAGAAUUGUUAUAUAUAUAUAUAAAAUGAAGCAUGAACUAUGCACCUAUAAAUAUUAACUAUUAAUAUUUUUAUUGUUCGUGAUGUAUUUUAUUAAUGUGUGUCUGUAAAUAAUGGUGUACAACUGAAGCAAAUAAAAUGUAAUUCACUAAAAAUGAACUUUCAAAUUGGUGGUGAGUUGGAGCACUUUUUUAUGCUCCAGCUCCUUAAUAAUUUUGGUCGCCCUCCACUGGACAUCUUCAUGGUAGGUGUAGAAGAAUGAAAUAGUCUGAAGCAUGGACCUGGUGCUUGAACCAAAGUAAGCAAGAGUUACACUAUGAGUAAUAGGCUGUGUCAAAAGCAGAUGUUUGCCUGCAAGUCAGUUUCGCUUGGCACUAGAACUGCUAACGCUGAUAAAAGCACAUGGUGUAUAUAAAUUCAUUUCACCAUGACAGUACAAGGGCACCCAUCUGAGUAUAUGAUAAAAUAGUUUGAAACAACAAGAGUGAAAGCAUAACAACGGGUAGGUGAAAGCUUUGGAAGAAGUACAAGGGGAGAUACCAAACAUGUCAUUGUGCAUAAGAUGAUACAUACCUUGUGUAUCAUAGAUUGUUUAUCUCUGUCAAUAAAUGUUGGGAUACCUUGACUUAACUAUUUGGCUGGCUUAGGGGACAAUAGUGAAAUCCAUACUAUUGACUGAGGCGAGUCCAUUGUCACAGGUACAAAUGCAUAGGAGCUCAGAGGCCAUCUGUCUACUGACGACUAUUAAUGUACUUCGACAAUAAACCUGACUUGGGUGCCUUCAUAUCUUUUCAAAAUCUGUGGUCUUUGAGGGCUCGCAUGAAGUCUAUUAUGCCAGCUACCUGUGCAGAGCUGCAUGAUAUACUGAGGAAGCAUACGGAAAUGCAUGCAGACAAACAUU